GUACUGUACGGUAUUGUGCCGUGUCGUGUCUACCGCCAGCAGGCUGGGCCGGAGCAUGUGCAGCUGCGGCAGGCACCUGGCAGGGCGCCGCAGCGCCGGGAUGUGAACCAGGCGGGGAGGAAGGCCCUUGACUCAUCAGAUAAAUCCAGCCCCGCACGGGGAGUGAAGGCGGAGGAGGUGGCGUUGUUGCUACUAGCAGGGGAGGAUGGCGGGGGACAGCGAGCAGAGGCUGGAGGAGCACGGGCAGCCCAGCGGCGGCGAGCCCUUCCUCAUUGGGGUCAGCGGUGGCACAGCCAGCGGCAAGUCCUCAGUAUGCUCCAAGAUCGUCCAGCUGCUGGGCCAGAAUGAGGUGGACUACCGCCAGAAGCAGGUGGUGAUCGUGAGCCAAGACAGCUUCUACCGGGUCCUCACCUCAGAGCAGAAAUCCAAAGCGCUCAAAGGCCAGUUCAAUUUUGACCACCCAGAUGCCUUUGACAACGAGCUGAUCGUGAAAACGCUCAAAGAGAUCACUGAAGGGAAGACGGUCCAGAUUCCUGUCUAUGACUUUGUCUCCCACUCCAGGAAAGAGGAGACGGUGACUGUCUACCCUGCCGACGUGGUGCUCUUCGAAGGCAUCCUGGCCUUCUACAGCCAGGAGGUGCGGGAUCUGUUCCGCAUGAAGCUUUUUGUGGACACGGAUGCAGACACCCGGCUGUCCCGCAGAGUGCUACGAGACAUCAGUGAGCGGGGCAGAGACCUCGAGCAGAUCUUAUCUCAGUACAUCACCUUCGUCAAGCCUGCCUUCGAAGAGUUCUGUUUGCCAACCAAGAAGUAUGCUGAUGUGAUCAUUCCCAGAGGAGCAGAUAAUGAAGUGGCCAUAAACCUCAUUGUGCAGCACAUCCAGGACAUUCUUAAUGGAGGACUCAGCAAACGCCAGAGCAACGGCUACCUGAAUGGCUACACUCCUCCCCGCCAGCGGCAGCCCUCAGAGUCCAGCAGCCGGCCUCACUGACCGCAGUGGCAGCGUGAGGCUGGGGCAGAGGGCGCUUGGGCCCUGCCACUGCCCCUCUGUACAUACUGUUCAUUCAUUCCCCCCUUAUCUAUUUAAGAAACCAGAUGGAGAUGAAUGCCUUUAAUUUUGUAUGUUUGAAAUGCUGACUGAGAAUCAGCUGUCUACUUGGGAGCCUGACUGUCCACAGCUCCUGGCCUUGCUCAACAACUCCUCUAGCACGGAACUGGCUAUAAAUAUCUAUAAAUAUAGAAUUGCUCUAUUUUUGUGUAAAUGCAGAAUAAUGUAAAAUUACUUGCCAUAAGGUAUUCACCAGGCUGAGUGUUGCUGGGAGGGCACUGGGAAAAGGGUCGUGGGAGAUGUUGCUGUCAGGAUCUUCACCUCAAACGUGUGAAGGAAGGAAGAACAACAACUGCUUUAGUAUCGCAGUGGUGUCUGCCCCGGGGAAGGGACAGGCCUGUGGUGGCUUGAGUAUGGCAUGGAUUUUGCAACUGGGCUGGCAUUGCCUCCUCCAGCCGUUGCUGUUCAGGCCUGAGCAGCCUGGUUUUGGCUGGCAAGUACUGCACAAUACCACUGCGAGCUGGGAGAAUGAUGUGUCAUACCUCCCCUGACUGUCUCUGCAUCUCCAGGUCUCUGUCUUUUAACAGUAUCCCUUUCUGUGUCUGACACCCCUUUCCGCCACAGUGUGGGUCAGCUGUCACGCUUUCAGCAAGGACCUAGCAGGGGAUGCUGGGUAUGUGAUCAUACGAACAUGGCAGCUUGUGUCCUUAGCAGUCUCACUGCUUGGCUUGGGUAGGGACGGCACCCGCUGAUGCUCGCUGGCCACGUGUGUGGUGGGACUCCUAGCUAAGCCCUGGGUUCAACUGUAAGCCUGGAGGAUGGCUUGCAGAAGGUCAGAAGUGUGUCUGUCAUUCCUCCCUGGGAACGUUUUUGCUCUAGAUGGGGGAUUUUGGGUCUGUAAGAUAUGGUUAAGGGAGAACCAGCCUCUUCUGAAUGAAAGGGGCAACAGGUGAUGAAAGGCAGCUGCUGAGCAGGCUGUCUCAGCAGGGGCAGCAGCGUGUCCCUGAGCUGCCCAGUAUCCCCAUAUGGGACAUCCACAGGUCCCAGCUGGGUUGCGUGAACUUGGAUGCCCAGGAAUUCUCUGUUCCCCUUUUUCAAAGCAUGCUGUCACCUAGUCUGUGUCCUUUUCAUUGUGUCCUGCUGGAGGACAGUGUCCCUGCAGUCAUCCCCAGGUUUGCCCAGGAAGUGCCCUCCCUUGCACAGGGUGAGACCUAGUCUCCCCUAACCUGCUAGUGCUGCAGCACUUGUGGCCCAGGAGAGCCUGGUGGGAUUGGACUGCAGGUCAUGGGAUGCCUGGAGAGCAAGGGGCAGCAGGGCUGGGCCAGAGGCUUGGUGGCAGCCAGUGAAGGGGACGUAGGAUGGCAGCCAGCAAGAUCCUUUGGCCCAUGCUUUUGGGUCUGACUUGCCCCAUUGAAAACAAAGUUUCAUAGGCAUCCCGUGAAGCCUGGAGCAGGGGCCCUUAACCUUGCUUUCUCUGAUGAUUCCCAACUUUUCCAGAGCAUUCUUUUUGCUCUACAUGGUUAAAAGCUUAAGACCUUAGAUGCUCGAUGCUCCAUUGCUCUCCAGCCCCAUGUGAGCUGAGAUAAGCUUUGAUUUUUAACAAGAGAACAAGAAAGGAAACACGACCCGCACACACACCCCUGCCGUGACCUCUACUGGGACAACCUCAUUCCCUCUUGAUCUGUGAUGGGGGCACGUGGCAGCCCUUUAUCCCCUUAUGCUAGCUUUGCCAUAACCAGGGGCUGGCACUGGGCAAUUCUAGGUACAGCCAUAAUGUCACAGAACUGAUAAAUUGAAGCUGAAUAAAAUUUAUUCAAACUCAAUUAAAGCUCUACCAACAUUAACUAAAGAUUUGGAAUGCCACAUGAAUUCGUCACUAUGCUACUGAAUCUUGAACUUCAUGGCCAAUGAUCCAAAAUGCGCAAUCACUCACAUGAAAAGGGAGGGCUCUCAACCUCAAGGAGUUCCCCUGGAUGGCGUCCUGACCCAAGGGGAGAGUCCCUGACUGCAGACCUGCUGCUCUGAGGAGGACUGAAACGUGUCCUCUGGUAGGUCUCCUGUAUGACCCCAGUUCAGACAUGGUCAUGCAGGCCCCCAUGGGCUCAGGACUCAACUUUCUCACCCCUGCACCCAUGGACCACCACCAUGUGGGUGGGACAAGAGCUGCGCACACGGGAAGCUCUCCCGGGCUCUUUGUGGUGGGAAGCUCUCCUGGGCUUUUGUCAGUUUCUUGCCAGGGCUUUUGUCAGGGUGGGUGUACCUCCCACACAUAGGUAAGAGGGACCAAAGCCCUGCAGAACUGGUGAGGCAUCUUGGGGCUUAAGCAGCCAAGACAGCUCUCAAGAUAAAAUGCUGGCCUCCUCUCCCCUGUAAAUAAAGACAGAACAAAUGGA